UAGUGAAAUCCUUCACUGUUUAGCUGAGAAAAGGAUUUGACUUUUGAAUAAAAUCAAAAUAAGCCCAAAAUAUUUUCUGAGAAUAAAGAAGAAAACAAAGCUUGAUGGAGCUUGUUACUUCUAUUUUUCAUUGGAAGGACCUGUAAAAUAAAAUAGUGCUGUGGUAGAGGAGACUGAUGCUGUGGUAAAGGGAGGAGCACAUCUGUGGUGGAGGUUGUGCCAAACUUGUGUUGUGAUUUCUAGAAAUAAAAAUGGAGGUCAUCAACAUUUUCAUUUUAUCCCACAACUUGCUCUACAGAACCCAUAAAUUGGUUCAUUUGGUACACUAUUAAGUUUUACCACAGAAUUCAGAGACUCUCUUCGUCAGUCUUUUGAUAUUUCCCAAACUGAAAAUAAGCUUAUUCCAUUUGUAAUUGUUUAAUGUCUAGCUAAUGUUUAUAUGCAUGUCUUUUAAAAUAGAUUGGUUCAAAAUGCUGUGUGUGUUAGAAAUCCCAUUUAAUAUAUUAACCUAUUAAUUUUAUUAUUAAUAAUAACCAGAUUUGUAGAUUCACAAAAUAUAGGUAAACGUCUAAUUCUUUAAACAGGUCUUGAAAAUUAUGUCUUCAAAUGACAGAAUGGUACAAUGGAUUGAGUUUCUGAUUUGAAGCAGAACUGAUACUACUAAAACCAUUGCAGAAGCAGAGGUAUUGCAACUAGUGCCAUAUCAGUGGACUACUGUCUAUAAACACAGAUGGUAACUGAGCCAUUUGCAUAAUCAAGGCACAAGACUGAUUACCAAAGCUACUAGUAUUUUCCCACUGACUUCAGUUAAAGACAUUUGUAUCCUAUUUAGUGUGAAAAUCAAGCCGUUAAUUCCUGUGUUGUACACUCAGGUAAGUUGUUAUAUAGCUUUUAAUUAUGUCUGUACUUGGUUUUCUAGCAGUUUCUAUAUUUCUGAAUUUCUAUUUUUUUUCUAUUAAUCUGAAUUUGAGUUGUACGUAAGAAAACCUUUAGAUAUUUAUAGUCUUCAGUGAUAGAAAAACAGAAUUGGAAGGCAAAGUGAAUGGGCACUUACAUCCAGUUUGUUGAUUGGAAGAAAACUGGUUCAAACUGUUUAAAGGCCAGGGCAACAAAGCAAACUAUCAGCAAAAGCAGAAAAGUAACAGUUCUGUUUCUGUGCUGUUUGGUUGUUAUUUUUUGUUUGUUUGCCUUGUGUUUUGUUUUGCUGUAUGUUUUUGUUUGUUAUUGUAUAAUUCUGUUAUGUUUCUCAGUAUUGCAUUUAGAAUAUUGUUUUUCUUCUUCUUUCAGACUGCUGUGAGUUUCAGAUAUCAGCCAUGGGCAUUAAAGGUUUGCAGGGAUUUGUGGAGAGAGUUUGCCCUGAUGCAUGCAGGACUGUAGAUCUGAGAGAAAUGGCACAAAAACAUUGCAUCGAUCAUCCUGAUUCUCCGCCUGUUAUCGUAGUAGAUGCCAUGAGUUGUGUUAGAUACUGGUACACACCAGAAUCCUGGGUGUGUGGUGGCCAGUGGCGGGAGUUCCUUGCUGUUUUAGAGGAUUUUAUUAAAGUUUUCAUGGGAGCUGGUAUCAAGUUGGUGUUUUUCUUUGACGGAGUGGUAGAAUCAAAAAAGAGAGAUGAGUGGAUCAAACGGAGGUUGCAGAAUAACAAGGAGAUAGCCAGAGUAUUUCAGUUUAUCAAGACUCACAGAAAACAACCAGGGCGAGAAAUGUUUGUGAUGCCUUCAGCUUUGCCUACUUUUACACGUUUUGCCCUGAAGUCACUUGGUCAAGAAACAGUAUGUACAUUGCAGGAGGCAGACUUUGAGGUGGCUGUAUAUGGUUUGCAACAUAACUGCAUAGGAAUUCUUGGGCAAGAUAGUGACUACCUCAUCUAUAAUACGUGCCCCUACUUUUCCAUUGGGAAGCUCCGUUUGGACAGGCUGGUCACUGUUAUGUACUCUCGAGAAGAUCUUUGUCAUGCAUUGGGUCUUAGUUUGACACACCUCCCUCUCUUUGCUUGCUUGCUUGGCAAUGAUGUUGUUCCAGAAAACUUGUUGGAAGGCUUUUGGCAUAAAUGUUUGGUCAGCAGUCCCCAUAAGAAUAACAGCUACAACAGAAGAACAAACAUAUUUUUUGCUGUAGCAAAUUACAUCUCAAAAGUUCCACAGUCAUACAGCAGCCUGAAACACUUGGAAGACAUUCUGCCUCUGGGAUCAGACAAGACAUUGCUUUACAGAGGAGUGGAGUGCUAUCUUUUACCUGGGCAGCAGUCUCCAUGGAUUCCUCCCAAAGUAACAAGUUGCCAAAUGUUUUCCCUUCAACAAGAAACAGCCAUGUGUCAAGAUGAAGUCUUUCAGGUACCUUCUAAAGAACAGCAUGUCCAGUCUGAAAAUUACACGAUCUUCAAUAUCCUGAGUAAGGGAGAGAUUGAAUGCAGCAACUCUUUGGAAGAUGAAUCUGAUACAGAAAUUCCUGGACAGGCACUUAUCUACCGCCCUGCUCGUCAGCAUAUUUAUUCUAUCUUGUUGGAAUCUAGAGAAGGUGGAGCCUAUUCUUUCGUGAAAGAGUGGUUUGUCUUUUUUGGAAAUCCUCUCAAACAGCCAGAGCUCAUACAGCCUGUACAACCUAUUCCAGGUGGAACACCUAAUUUGAAAACACUGUGGUUUGCCAAAGGACCUGACGUGGAAAAGCAGCGAUAUAGUACAUUUCUGGCAUGCUUUCACCUUCACGAUGGGAUGGAAUAUCUCCAAGGUCUAGAAGCACCUGUUGCAGCAUUCUGUUGCUUGCUGGUCUAUCUUAUGAUGCAGGUCAGUAGCCUCUCUAUGGAGGACUUAAAUGCAUUUGUGGCACUCGUUCUCUGCCUCAAAGGGAAGUCAGCUGCUGAACUGGCAAGUUUGCAGCUUGCGCAGGUGGACUCCAGAGGUGUGCAUCUUGGUGCUGUCAUUGUUCGUGGCCUUUCAACUUUGCUGAUGGCCAAUAGUGCCUGUGGCUUUCCAUUCAGAAUGGAUGAUUUGAUGCCUUGGCAGGUGUUUGAUGGAAAACUUUUCCAAGAAAAAUACCAGCAGUCACAUCGAGGUUGCUCUUUGGAGGAGCUUUUGGAAGGCAAUGAAUCUUUGUAUACACCCUUUGAGAAUCUGAAGUCUUUCAUUUGCAAGGCUUGCAUGGCAAAGAAAAGAACAAUACACAGCAGACCAAGAGGGAAUGGAUUUAUCACAGGAACACUGCAAAGAGAAUUUAAUCCCAGGUUCCAACAAAUACACAGAAGUUCUUUUGUUCCUCCAUAUCAUAACCAGACGAGGGGGUUCCUGUGGAGAAAUCCUCAACCACAAGGUAGAGAGUAUAGAUCAUGUCAUCCAGACCGAAGGAGAAGAUUCCAUGUUCCUUCUCGGUGAGGAGUACAAGUGUUCAGGUGAUCCUGCUCAUUACUGGAAGUGGAUGAAAAUGGCUAAGAGAACAAGAUGUGUUAUGAAUUGCUGUAUGCUGAAAAUCAUUAAAACUUCAUCAGUGUUUCGAAACUGGUAGUGGGAGAGUCUAAUCAGAAGUUUAUCAUGCCUCAUUUUCAGUUCCAUUUUAUUUUUAUACUUUUUGCUUCUAGCCUGUAGCUUAGAGAAGUAAAUUAUGGAGUGUUGUGAAACAAUUAUUAUACAGUUUAAGUUCCACAAAGUAUUGUUUGGGGCACUUUGCAAAAACCUGGUUGACAUGCUUAUAAAAAAUGAUCAUCAAAAAGUUACAUGUAAAAAAUAGAGGGCAGUCCUAGGUAUUGAAGAAGGCUACAAAAUUUUAAUCAAUUCAUUUGGUUCUGUGGUGAAAACUGUUAUGCCUCUUCUGUUAAACCUUUAUGCUAUUCUAUUAACGGUUUGAACAGACACCAUUUUUACACAGCACAGUGUCUGAUUUGCAUUCCAGGGAUUUUGUCGUGAAAGGGACAUUCCUGCUGCCUUUUUCUAUUGAUUUAGAAUUUCCUCCAAAGUUAUACUGGCCAGAGGCUUAGUCUAAGUCUUAGUGUGUCUUAAGACACUUAGACUUUGAGGCUAAAGACAGAUGUAAGGGCUGGAAUAAACCUUAAAUACUUCAUAAAUGACUCACUGCAUAUGGAAGAGAAUUCUAGGUAUUCCAGAAGAGGACUAUCCAUUUGAAUCAGCUCUGAAAGGCCCCAAAAUAAUAGGACAUUAAAGCUAUAGCAGUUUUGUACAUAGAAACUGAUUUUAUAACUUUCUGGAAUCUUUUAGGUACCCUUUUCUCAUUCUCUGAGACUGAGAAACUAUGAAAGUAAGCCACAUGGUAGAAAAGUAACAUUUUUUAACUGUAACAUGAUUGUAAACACUUUAGAAGAACCCCUUUUUACCCAAGACUGGGCACUUUCAGCCUCAAAUAGCAUAAAGGUUAAUUGUACAACCGCUUUUUUCUUUUUCUUUUCUUCCCCCUUAAAAUCUCUUAGAAUAAUGUGAUCCGACUUUUAUGGAAAGUUCUCUAGUUUCAGGAAUCUCAUGAUGUAUAAUAGUGUAUUUGAAAAGAAUGUAAUUGUGUGCCAGAAUUUGUUGGUAAUUUCCCCUUCAGGCUUUGAUACGAGAAAAGAUUUUGGUUGGCCUCAAUAAAUAAAGUUAAAUACUGUU